CUGCGCGGGGCCGCCGGGAGAGAGGCGGAGCGAGGGCGGUGCUCCUGCCGAGCUCCCGCCGCGUUGCCGGCUGUAAAGGGCGGAGAGCGGCCCGCUGCUCCCUGCCAUGUCUAGGCACGUUUUCCUCACGGGACCCCCAGGGAUUGGAAAGACUACUUUGAUCCAGAAAGUCACUCAAGCACUAAAAUCCUCAGACGUUCCCGUUGAUGGAUUUUACACAGAGGAAGUUAAAGAAGGUGGCAGAAGAAGAGGAUUUGAUGUUGUCACUUUAUCUGGAAAACGAGGUCCUUUAUCUAGAGUUAGUUCUGAUUCUUCUACUUCAAGACGUGAAUGUCGUGUAGGACAAUACGUUGUAGACGUUGCUUCAUUUGAGCAGUUGGUUCUGCCUGUGCUGAGAAAUGUAAACCAGGGCAGUGAUGCAGAGAAAAAGAUUUGUGUCAUAGAUGAGAUUGGUAAAAUGGAACUCUUCAGUCAGGCUUUUAUUCAAGCUGUUCGUCAAAUGCUGGCUGGCUCUGGGACCGUGGUACUUGGAACUAUUCCAAUACCUAAGGGAAAGCCACUGGAUCUUGUUGAAGAAAUAAGAAGUAGGAGAGAUGUUGAAGUGUUCACUGUCAGUAAGGAAAACAGGAACAACAUCUUGCAGGACAUCUUGGCAGCUGUGGAGUCAUGCAGACAAUGAAGACCUUUUCUUGCUUGUGCCCUGGUGCUGGGAGCUUACAGGAAAGAGAAAAGACAAUCCCUGCAUUUGGAUAACAGUCUGGUUUUGACAUUGUCCCUCCUUGGAUGGGAGGAGGGUUAAAGGACACAAUGGCCCUGUUCCCUGGCAGCUCCAUUCUGGCCACAUUAAUUUGGAUAACAGUACAGCUUUCACGUCUGGGGAAAAGAGAAUUCAGAGAUCCCCUCUUUAGGAAUAUACAGCUCUGGCCUGCUUUUCACAAUAAAAAGCUGUGUCCUUAAGGUAUUCAUAAUCCCCUCAUUAGUACAGGCUGUUGUCAGACAAGAAGGAUGAAGGACUCCAAAUUCUGCCUGUACGGGACUUGCAACAAGAAAUGGAACUGUUGUGAAUGAAAUAUGUCUAGCUCCUGCCCCAGCAUUUACCAUUCAUUGCCUUUGGUAGCAGUGGCUGCUGCUCCUGCUUCACUCUGUUAUUUACGGAACACAGUAUAAUGUUGGAGACUCUUUGGAAUAAAAAUCUACCCAGCCCACAAUUUUUGAUGACAUAAAAUUAUUAAUUCUUUCAUGCCCUUGCUUUAAUUUGCUGAACAAGGAGAGGAUACUGGCAACUGUGACUUUUAACAUACCAGUAUAUUUGAAAUGGACUUACUGGAAGGGAACAAGAACUUCAUUCAGAAUGGAGACUUAUAUGGAAGCCAUAAUCUAAAUUUAAUUUCUGAAAUGCAGGUAUCUAAACUAUGGAUCCUGGGAACUCCUGUAGUGGUUGCUUGGUGCUUUUUGUUGUCUGUUUGUUAAUUUUAAAUCCAGAGCAUUCUUAAGGCACUUUGUUAGAUGGUUAGAUGGUGAAUGACUAAAGACCAAAGCACUUUCUUAGGUCUGUGUGCCAUAGACUUUGGAGCAUAAGCCUCUCUGCUCUUACAUGCUGAACAGUGGAAUUUCAGUGGAAUAAGUUAAGCUAUAAAAUACACUGCAGGAUAAUAUUUCUUUCAAUGAUUAAAUAGUUACCAAAAGAAUCUUCAGCUCUGCUAAGUUUUGAGCAGUGUGCUGAUGGGACCUUGUGUAGCAAGGGGAGUUAGUCACUGGAACAACUUAUCCAAAAUGGAGGUGAAUUUUUCUUUCUCAGCUGUGAAUGAAACAUCAGCCUUUUAAACCAGAGGGUAUUUUUUGCCACUGACAUCAGUGGCUCUUGCUUUCUGUUGCCUGGCUCUAGAUUGGUGAGUUUUUUGUUGUUGUUGCUGUUCUUUAAAUUCAUUUUCUGAUCUACACAGUGCUUUUAAGAGAAAUAAAGAGAAAUUCUGUGAUCUGUGUUCAGCAGGAGAUCCUAAAUGGUUUCAACAGUCAUUUCUGGCUUUUGUAUUCUGAGACAGUCCUAAAGAAAUGAUUUGCCUGUCCCAAAUAUGCACUGAGAAAGCAGUAUUAACAACUGAAGUUAGCUUUUAUGGCACACAGUGUUUACUUCAGAGGUAAAAAAAAAAAAAAUGUAUUCUCUGGUCUCACAUUAGUAAAAUAUUUGGAAAGCCUUGACAGAACUGUAGCAACAAACAGCAUUCACCGUUCCCCUGAUGGGCUAAUUUUACUAAUAGCACACAUUUGGUGAAAAUAACCUCUGAUGUAACAGCAAGAUUCCAGAUGACAGCAUUAGUGCACCUGCAGGUUUUAAUUGGUGCAAAAAAGAGGGGACUGUGAGGUACCAAUUAUUUUCUCAAAGCCUGAGAAUUGAGGACAUUUUUGGCAAGGCGGCUUGUAAUCCAACAUAAAUAGCACGCAGCAUGGAAUAAACAGGGCCUGUAUUAUUUAUCAUGCAUUAGACCAUUUUUGACUUGUCAUACUCUGAGAAGGCUGAAUGAGAGGUGAAUCUUUAACACUGAACCUACUGCAAAGUUAAUUAUAAGUAAUAUGUCUGUCUUGCAGAUUUCAGGUUGUACAAGCAGUAGUGAAAUGCUGUAAAUACCAGCUCCCGGUCCAGGGAGCAAUCUAAAAAUGGCAAUAAUUGGGUAGUUUAAAAAAAAAAAAAAAAAA